AUGACAGACAGAACAGGACCUCCUCUCAGGAUCCUCUCGGAUUCGCUCAGGAAGUUUAGAUAUAUCUCUGGUGCCAUGUUUUACGGCAGAAGGGAGGUGUCUCUCAUAGAGGUUGCUGGAGUGUGUGUCCAUAGAGAUGGGAAGCUUGCUCGGAUGCUAGAUUUCUGUGGAGAGGUCCUGAUUGAAACAGGAGGCCAAGAGAUCUUCUUGGACUUGGCGUAUCUGUUGGUGUGUAGAGUGUACAUGAAAGAUGGAAGAAUGAACUUGUGUUGCAAAUCCGCAAGGAGGCUGGGAAUUUUUGAAGAGAUGUUCUUUUGGGCAGAGGCUUCUAACCUAAGAAGAUCAUUAAAAUACAACCGAAACAGACAUUGA